AUGGUGGAUAGCAACAGGGAGAGUGAAGUUCAGCUCAAAUCUGGCAGCAGGAUGUGCGUACAUCAGUCCAAUUCCUGUAGAAACAUUCAUCUGUUUGAAAACAUUAGAGUAGCCCCAAUCUGCCUUUGUAGUAUCAAGAUUGAUGAGCUUUCCUGCGUUCACAAACGAAUGAAUCUUGAAAUUGGACUCGCUCGACAAAAAUGGCACCCGGUUGAACAAACUGAAUCCAAGUCCACAGAAUGCGUCUCCUCCAAUGCUCAGACCCAUCUGUUUGGGCCCGAUUCCGGAGUUCCAGAAUCCGCGAAUGUCAUUAGGGCCUCCUGA